UGUAUCAUUGCACUCCACGUUUUAACAUAACCCGAGAAUUCAAAAAUGGCCGUCUUCCAAAGUUUACCAUCAUAGUUUAUGUUAUGGAUGCCCACUCAAAUUGAUGACAAGCAAAUUCUAGUUAUGAAAUACAUCCCCGAAGAGGUACAUCAUCAGUACACCGUCAUCGUAGAGAAGGAGAACAGGAAUCCAAUUCACACAACUUGCAUAUUUCGACGCGUCAAUGUGCCAUUGCUAUGGAAAUUAGGACAAAUGGUAUGGAUGGUAAAAAUGAUGCAGUAGAAUCUCAAGUAUCUGAGAUCAUGAAUGGUGACACGGCACCAAGUCAGUCCCCAGACUAUGACAGCCUCGCUGAACGACUUGCCUCACUAGGUGUGUCCACAGAUGGUGCCAUGUCUGAAGAUGGAGAUUUUGAUUUGGAGCUUCAAGACCUCUCCGAUGACAGUGAAUCGGAAUAUACAUUUGAUGAAGAAGAUGAAGUGAAUGAGAGAGGCAGGGACUCCAGUGAAAGGCCUCCUGAAAAUGGUACCACUGCAUCUGGGAACAAUAUCAAAAAUGAUGCUCAUGGUACCAUGCAACUUGUCCCUUUAGCCGACGAUGAUGGGGAAGAGAUUGACAGUGAGGAAGAGAGAGACCUCCUGAAGGAGAUAAGAGAAGAAAUCCAGAAUAAAGUGAAAGAAGAAAUGAAGGAUGAGCUCCAGGUGUACAAGGCCAAGCUGAAGGCCAUCGAAGGUGGCCAGUUGCCUGGAGACAAGGAGAGACAGGAGCAGGAGGAGCAGGAGGAUGAGAACCUUGACCCCAAGAUAAAGGAAGCACUUGUGAAGAUGAGGAAGCUGGAUCGGAUUCUGAACAAGAAACUGAAGCGUGAGAGGGAGGUGAAGAGAGACAGAAUCCUCUUGGAGAGAAGGAUCCGUGAUGAAAUCCAAAACCUAAAACCAGAAGGUCGUGAACACAAAGAAGUGAAGGUGAACACAGAGAAAUUUGUGGCUCUAGCCCUGCCCCCCAGUCACAAUGAAGGUGUGCCAGUAGAGACAGAACCCGCUACCCCAGUGUUUCAAACUCAGCUGAAUGAAAACGAGUUUCAGGAGAUGAAAGACAAGGCAAGCAGGAAGACGAGAUCUGAUGGAGAAAUGGCUGGCUUGGAGACACAGUCGGUAGCUGGAGAUUCCUCCAGUCGAACUGGUGAGGAUGGAAAGAAAAGCAAGAAAAAGAAGAAGAGGAAGGAUUUCAUAAAAAGGAAUAAAGAAUUGGCAGCGAAUGCUGAUGAGAUGAUUGCCAUGACAGAGGAGGAGAGGGAGAGAGUAGGGGCACUGCUGACUGACCUGGACUCAAUGUCAGACCUGCCGGAGGAGAUGGACAGCGUGAUAGAGGAUCCAAGUGGAGACAACCCAUUCCAGAUGCUUCCACUUAGACCCGGGGAGGGCUACUGUGGGGACGAGGUGGAGGUGAAAUCGAUGGCCCAGAUUGAUGGACAACUGAGGGGGCUUCUACCUGAAGAGGAGUACAACUCGUUAGUGUGUGGCACACCUUUCAGCAGUGCCAGAGAACCACAGCACAAAUUGUUCACUCGUGUGGACAUUAGAUCUGUUGGUGAAAUAGAGCGCUAUGGUGAACGAGCUCUCAUUGAAACCAAAGAACAGAGAGAAAUGCAGGCCAGGUUACAGAGGAUUGAAGAACAACUAGCCAGAUUCAAAAACCCUGAAGAAUUGGAGAUUGAGACACCAAGGUUAUCGGAUGAUGCUUUGAAAGGCCUGAUAGACCAGUGUGUGCGGUCUUUGUCUCGCUCAUCCUACGCUGACGAUGUGUCGGUCAAUGAGUCGACACCCAGGUCGGAAGUGUCGUCAGUGGUGAGUGUCCUGCAGAAUCCCACGCGCCUGACGGACGAGGUUCUGCAGAGGCUGCUGGCAGAGGCUCACUUCCCCCUCAGCUCCCGUCUGGAGGCUCUCCAGGAGGAAGACGAUGGGGUUGACACAGAGGAGGAGGAGAGGGAUGAAGGUGGCAGGGAAGCAGGAACGUGGACGAGACAAAUCCGUGCUGAGACAUGGAAAGCCAUUGCAGAGUCAGAUAUUUAUGAAAAUGGACAUGCAGAUGACAUGGAUUUAGAGUCAAUUUCACGAACUUCUUCAAGGAGCACACUCAGAUUGAGUUCUGUGUUGGAGAAACAAACUUCAGACAUGUCAAGGCUUUAUAAUUUUGCUGAACCUGAAGGAAAGCGGCUAAUUUUGCCAGAAAUUAACCAAAGUCCUUAUCUAGUGAGCCAGGGCCUGAACAAUCAAGUGUCCAAAAACGAAACACAUCAUCGUCGAAACAACGAUCGGCCACUCAGUAGGGACAGCAUUGACAUGGUGAGGAAUAACCUGAAUGGUGAUGAUUAUGUAACAGACAGAGACACUGAGGGAAUGAUUGUACCUCGACCACCUAGUGGUGACCGCCGGUCAAAUACUGACCUUUCCUCAAGCAAAUCUCGGACAGUGACACCGUUGUUGCAGUCUUGAUGGAGGAUUUGUGUUUGUGACAGAGGACUGAUCGUACCAACUUCGUUCAUUGUAUGUGUGUCUUGCAAUUGGGAAAAUUCCUGAAUUGUAAACUGGAUGCUCUUCAAGAUUGACUAGCUCUUCUUCAUGAUUGACUGGUUGCCCUUCAGAAUUGACUGGUUGCCCUUCAGGAUUGACUGGUUGCCCGUCAGGAUGUCUUCACACCAGAUGAUUGGUUGUCUUUUGGUGGAGACUCUUUGCUCCGCAGGACUGACUGGUUCCUGUUCAACAUGGACUUAUUGCUCAAUGUAAAAUGUGUGUGUGAUAUUCCUGUCUGUAUUGUUUAAAACAUGUAUUAGGUGGCCCUGAUAUAAUGAUCACCAUACGUCAAAAUAUCCCCAAACCACCAACAUGGCCCACCUGGGAUCAGCUAUGCUGUAGUACACUGGAACAGUACAUUGUGUGUUACAUGUAUGUAUCCCCUAGCCGGUCUUACCUGUACAGAAAUACAGAACAAGGCCCACUUGUACAAAGCAAUCAUAGCACUAAGAUGAUAGUAACUCCCAUACUUAACCUGGGCCUUUGACAGUCAGAGCGCUAAGAUCGCUUUGUGCAACUGGCCCAGAUCUUGUUUGUUGAUAACACAUACACAAGUAUUCAUGUUUUAAUACCCCUGUCAGUAUUCUACACAAUGUUCAUAUUAUACAUACUUGCAUUGUAUUGCACAUUGAAAGCAUUUAAUGUAUAAUUAUGACUUUCCGUCCAUUCAGUCAGUAUCAAUGUGACACAAAUGUAAAUACAAUUAUACUAUCAUUUUCAAUAUGUAAAUAACUCACUACCAUUUCAGCAAAUGGGCACAUGCACUGUGAAGCUAUGUAUGACAGUAUGUAAGAAGGAAAAUGUGUGAUGUGUGUGAAAUUGUAGUUCCCAAUGAACAAUACUCUCAUGUUUGAUUAUCCAGUGUAUUAUAUCGUGAUUCUGUUCUGAUAAAUACCUUGUAGCCAUUCAUCACCAUAGCUCUGUUUUGGAAGUAACAUCACCAUCUGCAUCUCUUUCAUCAGUAACCUUGCUUAAAAUAUCUUUGCUUAUAACUGAAUUUGAUUGGAUGCUAUUUUUAGCAUUAUGUUAUUUGUAUCGGCAUUGUAUUGUUUUGAAAGGUAUGGUAGCAUUUGGUUCUGGGAAUAUAUUAGCACAUGAUUUUCGCAAAUCUGAAAAAGUACACAACUUACCAGUUGUAUUUUCAACCAAAAGUCAAUUUUCUAAUUUUGUUUUCGCUUUACUGUGGUGUUUGCCCACUGCCUCGGAAGCCAAACCUGGAGUUGAGAAACAGAUGAUAAUAUGGAUUGUCCAAUAGAAUGGCUGUAUAAUACAGUGGCUACUCAACGAUACAGUACUACAUGUGAGAGUUAGGACUGCCAGAUGACCAAGCCAAGAACCUGUUUAAUAUACACUUGUCCUGUGUUCAAUGCCACACAUCAAGCCAAGGUCAGCAGUGUUUGUUGCUGAGGGUUGAUGGAUGGGGGACCUUUGGCUGCUUGGAGUUUCUGGGUUGUGCCCUGCAGGGAAACAGGGGUUCUCCUUCGGUUGGCAAGAAUUUGUUCACUCCGUGAAUGGUUGUUGGAAGGAUAUGAUCUUAGUGUGAACAUAAACAGGCAGCUUGGGUUGUGUACUCCUGUGUAGGAGCGGACAAUUUAACUGACUGGGGUUCUGAUGGGGUGCUCCGAGCAUACUACAAGAUUUGGCAUCCAAUGUUAAUGGUUGGGAUACAUGAUGCAUAGAGCUUAACAUAAGGUUUUAAUUGUGUUGAUUAGAGUUUACAUCAAAUGACAGUUAUCAAAAAUAAAUUAUCACUGCUUGUC